AUGGAAACUGGCGCCGAGCGAAACUCGAGCUGCUACGCUACUGUGACAUUUGAAUUUCGUUAUCGCUUACGGCAUCCAAGUGAAUUAUUCAGAUUUAAAAUCGUCGUUUGUAAUCGCACCGUGACGUAUCGUCAGUCGGAACAAUUGCGCCUAUCGGCGGUCGAAUCGCGACGCGGGCUCAGCGGCUGUCGGCACAAUGAGCCUCUAAAUAACGCGGGUGGACGUCGGCGCGGCGCCUCAGACGACGUCCGUGACUGGGCACCGCGGAUUCCACGGACUGACGGACAAUGCGGCCCCGCUGACUGCCCAGGACUGAUCCGGCGGGCGCUCGGCCAGCGGGAACGGCCGCAUCCGCGUUUGUCCGGGUGU